UCAGUAGAAAUUACAUUAAAUUAAAUUACAUGGCGUAAUACAUUUAUUGUAGUAUAGUAUAGUUGUUUUGAAGAUGACUACAGCUAACAGCCUAUGUUCACUUUCUUUCAGAAAAUGCAUGCGUAUCCAGUUUUCCGUCGGCAGUCAGCCACAUCAGCCCGGCUCCUCAUGGCACCCACAAGCGAGGCCAACCGCGUGGAAAACAAAGUGUCUGCAAGGGCCCAACCCAAAGAGGAGGUACUGAAGGAGGCAUCCAACUUUGUCAGGAGCAAUGGGGGAGAUCCAUCUGACCAGUUUUUGGUGUUGGCUCACUGUCUGCUACAGUUUGGUAAAUACCAGGGUCAGAGAUUCAUUUGGCUUCUGGAGAACUCGCUUGGCUACGCAUUAGCCUUGCUGCAUAGCAUUUCCAAUGAAACAGCACUCCCAAACCCUCUGUCAGAAAAUAAGCAACUGUUUCUUCAGUACACAUCGCACAUUAAAGAGUUGCCUGGAGAAGUGGAGAAAUACGCCAAGAAGAAAGAGCUUCAGGCUCAAGCGCAGGCAACAGGAGACACGGGCUGUUUGUUGUUGGAGUUUGGAGACUUUGAGGGCCGCUCUCUGAAAGAGGUGUACGAGGACCAGAGCCACGGGGCCCAGAAACUCGUCAGGUACGUGCUACAGUCAAAUGCACGGCCCAACACCAACAUGGCCCUUUUCAAGGCAUAUAUUUUGAAAAGACGGUCAGCUGAGGGUACCAGUACCAGGGAGCAUCAGCCAUCUCCAGCCUCCAGUGCCAGCGCCUCUUCUCCUGCCCCGUCACCUACCACCAUCCAAACGGGUCCACGGACGCCUGCCUCUGUAAAAGCUCUGCUGGCACGUGGCAAACACUUGCCUCCCUCACAGCUGGCCAAAAAACUUGUGUCACCUGUGAAACCCUCUCCAGCACCGCAAUUGUCUGGCUCCAGCACUGCACAUCGGCGCCCAGAACCCAUUCCCCAACAGUUGCGCUUCCUCUGUGGCCCUUCUGAGGCCGACGAUGAGGAACUUGUGCGUGCCACACAAGAGUGUGAGACACAGCUGCAAACAGCAGCCACCAUGCCUCCUCUAGCAGCCACCAUGCCUCCUCCAACAGCCGUCAUGCCUCCUCCAACAGCCGCCAUGCCUCCUCCAGUAGAAGUUGCUCAGCCACCGGUGGAUCUCCCCUCUCACUGGAAGGACCAUCACUGUUUCACCAUCAUUGUUUCACUCUUUGGAACCAGUGCCAGUGCCUUGCAUUUCCAGGCGUAUCUUCUGGAAGGACUGAUGCGCUGGAACGAGGACAGAAUGAAGGACUCUGUUCAAGCACCCACUUCCAUGCGCACCUACGGCAGUGUUCUGCAGGAGGCCGUGGAUCGGCUCAGCCAAGCCGUUCUGGGAAAACGUUGGGAUGAGCAGUACCGCAGUCCUGGAGUCUACACAGGUGAAUUGUUGGCCAUGGAGUACCUGUACAGCCAGACUGGCAUAUCACUUACUCCAACGCUCCACAACCAAGAGGAGGAGGACCAGCUGGUGGAGGACAUUGAUGACGAGGACAUUGAGGAUGAAGGCUUUGAGGAGGAGACAGAGGACAUCACAGUUCCUGUGCUGACUGACGAUGACCAUGACAUUGAAAGGAGGCCCUCAACCACAAGGCGUCGGGCACCUUCACCACCACCUCUACCAGAACUGCCGUCCACGUCCACGGGUGGAAGUCAGCGUCCAGUUGCUGCUGCCGCCGUUCCGUCCACGUCGGGUCAAGGACUGCACCCUGCUGCUACUGCUGCUGCCACCACUUCAGGGGCUCAGGGCGUCGUCAUUGGACCGGAUGGCAUUCCUGGGUGGGACAAAGUGCAAGAGCUGGCUGCUUACCUGGUGGACCUGCGAGAUGCCGCCUACCUCACUGAGCCACAGGUGACCGAGGUCAUCCAGCUGUGGGCGGCACUCCCAGACAGCGACAAGGAGAGGAUCGACUACCAGCCACGUCACCAGGAGCGGCUGUCGUCUGGUCGAUUCAAGGCACCGAAGCGGUCUGGAGUCACACCGGGUGUGGAGAGCGUCAAGCGCAGCUUGAUAGGUCACCCUGGGGGGCCGGCUCAGUGGCCUGGUACCAGCCGCUUGGUAGACGCCAUGUGCACACGCUUGUGCACUUUGCACAAGUGCACUACCAGGAAGGCCGGUGUUUCCACUCCCAGGUGGACCAGAAUUCUGGAUGAUUACCACCACAUCCGUGACUUGAUCAUCGCCAGCCCACGGUUGAUGGCAGAUACAACAAUUCAGUUGUUUCAAAUCAACCAGCGGACACUUAUUCAGUGGUUUCAACAGCGGCUGAAAGGUCAGGAGAUGAGUACACUCACUCAGGGACUGACUCCAGCACCCCAAAUUCCCGUCGCCCCUGCCCAGCUUCCGCAGCCGCAGGAAAAACUGAUCGUCCCUCCUGCAUCAUCUGGGCAACGACAUGAAUUUGUGUUCCCCCCGAAUCUGGAGGGCCGGGCUCCUCUGCUACGUCCAGGCCGUCGCCCCAAAGACCGCCAAGACUGUCCAAUUGCCCCCACCCCACCACCUGUUUUUCCUCUCCCUGCAACAUUAGGCACCAGUGCACUGCCAGUGCCAACUCCCUUCACAUUGGUACAGCUCCCAGCAAUGACUGUUCCUGCACCACCUGUUCCCUUUCUCCAGCUCCCAGCCACGACUUUGGCUGCCUUAACACCUGGUGCAGCCCCAUCUGUACCUGCGCCACCUCUGCCCGCUGGCCCGCCGCCUCCUCCCGCUGGCCCACCACCUCCUAUUUCACGGUACACAGAGAGGAACAGGCGUCGGCGAGCCGCUGAAGAGGCCAGUGGUAGUGCGGAGAAAAGAAAAUAUGUAAGGGGUGCGACAUAUAACAUGUGUAGCCAAUGUGGCAAACCCAAGACUAAAGAGUAUGGGCAUAGUCGCUUUGGGAGCGCGACUUUCUGUUCCCAGGCCUCAGGUGGCAAGUCUGUUGAAGAGUGGUUGGAAGAACAGAGAGCUCAAAAGUAG